AUGGCCGACCAGUGGAACACAGCAAAGGACAUGCUAGUCCUCCUCGCCGUUGUCCGUAUUUCAGAGAUCGACGUCAACCUCGAUGUCGCCGAGAGAAUCGUAGCCGGAUGGCCGGCCGCAAUGGGCGAAGUCCCUGCCGAUGCCGAGGGGAUCCUGCGCCGCUUCAAUGGAAUCUGGCAGAAGACCGUUAGCAGUGUUACUCCUUCGACUCCUGCUACCCUUCCCACUCCUGCUACCGUCAAGAAGGAAUUAGACGGCUCUUGCUCCGCCGAACCCAUCGUCAUUGACGACGACGACGACGACGACGAAGAUGAGGCUGACACUCAGACCCGUCCCAGUCCUACCUGUGAUUCGUUCCCUCUGCCUUGCAAGCCCGGAGCUCAGACCGCUGUCUGUACCACUCCCCGCAAGGCCAACAAACCUGCUAGCGAUAACAAAGACGAGACCGAGACCCCCGAAACCCCCGAUACACCCGUUCUCUCUCGUCCUCUUCCUCGCACGUUCAGAGUUCCUCCAGGUCUCGAUCUCGUCACUCCUCGCAGUAGCAACAAGAAGUCGGCCACUACACCCAAGAGAGUCAAGGUGGUUGUCAGCUUUGGAAAGGACGAUGGCGAGAAGGCACCCACCAACAGCGGUCCCAAUUCAAGCCAGCUUCGUCCUAACGCUACCCGAAAGCACGAUACUGUUCUCCCAACCCCCGAGAGCGUUGAGAAACACACUACCAGCGAGACCAGCGGAACCCGCAUGCCUCGCAACAAGAAGAUCAAGACUCUCCGCAUCUCUACCACUCGCAAGGCCCUAGAUUCACACGACGAACCCAAAGAAGACGAAUCGAGCUUCGAAACCCCAGCCACUCUCGCCACAACCCGCAAGCGCCGCCAUGGCCUUGACUACACGGCAUCACCUACCGAUUACUGCUAUGACAACGCUGACGACGAUGACUACGAAUUCGAGGAUGUCGAGGGCGACGACAGACUGGAAGCCAUAUUCGAAUCAUCUUGCCCUGUCGUCACUCCCUCGAAACCUCCCAAGAAGGGAUGAAGUGUUGGGUUUCUUGCUGCGUCUUGAGAUGGACUUGUAAAAAGAUUGUUUCUUUUGCAGACUGAAUAUUGCAGGCAGGAGGAAGAGGCGAUUGUUUAACACACCAGAAAGAGAUGAACAAAUGAUGAACAUGCACAGGAGAGGGAGCG